AUGAUGACUCUGCUGCUCGGCAUUCAUUUAUGCGCUGCAUUGGCUGCUGGCGCCAUUUUUAACGCUUUAAAUGACUUAUACCAGCACCCUUUGUCUGCGACAUUUGACAACGAGCCUGGAUGCAACGAGCGCGAAUCCAGACAUUUGAAUGAGAAGACAAAGAAGUUCAGCGUGAAUGGGACCGGUAUCCCAAAUGUUAGUUUUGAUGUCGGAGAGUCAUACGCCGGUCUUCUUCCACUUAGCCCCUUGCCGACAGAGAAUUCUGUCCAAGAGCUCUUUUUCUGGUUUUUUCCAAGCGAAAAGCCAUCAGCCAGGAAGGAAAUCGUCAUAUGGUUGACUGGUGGUCCAGGAUGCUCCUCGAUAGGAGAGCUUCUACAGGAGAACGGCCCCGUGUCAUGGAAGCCCGGGACAUACGCCCCCGUCCGCAACCCCUGGAGCUGGCAUCGCCUUUCGAAUGUCAUCUGGGUUGACCAACCCGUCGGCACGGGAUUCUCACGGGGUCCCGUCACAGCUACUGAUGAGCACGAUGUGGCGAGCCAGUUUCUAGGGUUCUGGCGGAACUUUGUUGACACAUUCGAUCUGAAGGGGUACAAGAUCUUCAUAGCCGGCUCAUCCUCUGCGGGGCUCUUCUGCCCUUAUAUCGCGAGCGCCAUGUUAGAUGCGGAGGAUAAAGACUACUUCGACUUGGAAGGGAUGAUGAUCUUCGACCCGGCGAUAUCGCAGCGCGGGCUCGGUGAAGAGUUUGGGGUAAUGAGAAUGCUUGAGUACUGGGGUCCGGCUUUCACUCUCAACGAGACGGCAAGGAAAGCCGUGAAACAAAUGGACGACAGAUGCGGCUACUCCGAAUACGUUGAGAGAUACCUUACCUUCCCGCCUUCAAGCGUACAACCGACUAAUAUCCCCGGCGCGUACACUCCACACGGUCACGUUCCACAAUGUUCUAUUCGCUCCUUCGUGGAAACAGCAGAAAAGGACGCCAACCCGUGUUUCAGUCCCUUCAACAUCUUCCGCACAUGUCCACUUGCUUUUGAUCCCAUAGCCUUUACCGAGAACAGGUUCUACUAUCCAGCCAGUGAACCCGUCUACUUCGACCGACGAGACGUAAAGGCCGCCAUCAACGCGCCUCUGGACCGGGAGUGGCGGUUCUGCAGCAGAGAGCCUGUCUUCGUCAAUGGCACCGACAACUCUGAUAUCCCGGGGCCUGGCAGCCAGCCCAAAGUUGCGCAUGUUGCUGAGAAGACAAGAAACGUGAUCAUCGGACACGGUUUGCGGGAUAUGGUCCUCCAGUCUACCGGCGCACUGCUUGGGAUACAGAACAUGACUUGGGGAGGGACAAUGGGUUUCCAAGAACGACCAAAGAAGACGUUGUUUAUCCCGUAUCACAGUAACGAAGACUUGGGGACAUUGGCUGCAGCCGGCGACUUGGGUGUGUGGCAUGCUGAGCGUGGUCUAACAUAUUUUGAGACACCUUUGUCCGGCCACUUCGUCGGGCGCGAUACGCCUUCCAUUUCCUUCCGAGUGCUAGAGGUAUUACUAGGGAGAGUGAAGGACUUGGGAUCACGAGAGCCGUUCACAUCAGAUCGGUAA